AUGUUAACCAUAAUCCUGUUUACUUUUUAUUGCAGGUAUGGUAGCCCGCAUCACAAUAGAUCUCAAUCGGUGAAAACGCCCAGAACUUCCGGGAGACCGAAUUACCUUUGUCUGCCUCAACAAAGGUCAAGGGUUGCUUCGAUGCCAAAUACGGGGGUGGAGGAAGAAUAUUACAGGUUGAGGCAUUUCUCCAUAACAGGAAAAGGAGUAGUUAACCGAGGGGAUAGCUUGAAGAGUCGUAGGUCGAGAUCAAACAACUCGGUGGCUUCUAGUAAUUCUAGGUAA